GUUACCCUAAGGGUUCACUAGGAUAAAGGUUGGGAGUACAACCACAUUCCUGCACUAAAACUAAGCAUAGUUUAAACGUGUGGUUCCAGUAAGGAUACUUUUACAUUUCAACGUGUCCCCUAAGUUACUGGUACUGUCUAAAGGUUGUGACCAACAGAGCCAGGAAAACAUACAGACCUAUACUUGUUUCAAAGUUGGUUUGGAAUUUGACAGAGAGAUAGAGAUGGAGUUAUCGGAUAUUUCCUUCCCUAUCACCUCGGCUGAUGACUUUUAUGAUGAUCCGUGUUUUAACACCAGUGACAUGCAUUUCUUCGAGGACCUGGAUCCGCGGUUGGUCCACGUGGGUCUCCUCAAGCCGGACGACCACCAUCACAACGAAGACGAACACAUCAGGGCCCCCAGCGGUCACCACCAAGCCGGCAGGUGCCUUCUCUGGGCAUGCAAAGCCUGCAAGAGGAAAACCACCAACGCAGACCGGAGGAAGGCUGCUACCAUGCGUGAGAGAAGGAGACUUGGCAAGGUCAACGACGCUUUCGAGACCCUAAAAAGAUGUACGUCAACCAACCCCAACCAGAGACUUCCCAAGGUGGAGAUCCUGAGAAAUGCCAUCAGCUACAUCGAAUCUCUACAGUCUCUACUCAGAGGCCAGGACGGAGAGAACUACUACCCGGUGCUGGAGCAUUACAACGGGGACUCAGACGCCUCUAGUCCACGUUCAAACUGUUCUGAUGGAAUGAUUGACUAUAAUGCCCCAACGUGUACGUCUGCCAGAAGAAGUAACUAUGACAGCUCUUAUUUCUCCGAGACUCCAAAUGCUGAUGCCAGAAACAACAAGAACGCAGUCAUUUCCAGUUUGGAUUGUCUAUCCAGCAUCGUGGAGAGAAUCUCAACAGAGACGUCACCUUGCACUCUGUUAUCAAUUCAAGAGGGUUCGGAGGGUAGCCCUUGCUCUCCCCAAGAGGGAUCUAUCCUAAGUGAUACCGGGGCACCCGUGCUGUCACCGACCAACUGCCCACAGCCCUCCCAAGAUCCCAUCUACCAAGUUCUAUGAAAAGACUGUAUUAUGGCUACAUUCAUUAAAAUGAAUCAAUUCCUGUAAAUGAAGAAAAAAGACUGGGUUGCAGUAUGUUGCUAUAGAGGACGGCAAAUAUACCAUUCUUUCUUUAAUUGAAGGGUUUCUAUUCCAAGUUCAAACAUUGGCUUUUCAUGGGUUAGGCUAUGUUAUAGGAAACUGGCCUGUCAUGUACCGAUUUAUUUAAAGUGAAUUCGUUUAUGAAAAUGUGACCACUUUCUUAGAUUUGUGUGUACGUGUCUCUUCUCUGACAUCUUUUUUUUAGCUAUUUUUAUUGUUUAUGACAAUAAAGGACCAUUUUGUAUAUGUGUAAAUAAGAGGGGACAUGUUGAAGAAACAAAGGAACGAAUAGGAUUUGUAUUGUAUUUAAUAUUGCUUGUUUAUUUACUGGGCGCUUGGCUUGUUUGUUGUGAGAAAUGUUCAACUUUAUAUUUAUACUUCUUAA